UGUUGUGUUUUGUUGUGUACUGUUUUCAUGUGUGAGGCACGGAACAUGGUGUUUUUUUUUCCGGAAGUGAUCCUGAAUAUUGAUUAUUGUUUUCUCACUUAUGCCCUGAAGAAUAGAUGAUAUUUUAGAUUUAAAGAAAAUAUUGUGAAUAAUAAGUUAAUAUAUUGAUACAAAAGAAAUGUUUCUGGUCUUUGUCUUAAAGCUGUUGACAGCUAAAAAAAAAAAAUUAUUUUUUGCUCUUUCAUGCUCCAAUAAAUAAUAAGAGACACAAAGUGCUCUUUGUAAGCAUACGUGGUAAAUAAUGUCCAGCUCUGACAGACUGUUGAGAGUGAACUUAGAGCGUAUUGAUCUCACCAACCUAGAGAAGUACUGUAAUGGCAGGGUGAGCAUCGAUGUAAAAGAAUCGCCUUCCAGUAUUAAAAGAGAGGGUAGACAAAGAAGGAGCGUGAAUGGUCUGAAGGAGGUGGAGGGGAUCAGUCUGGAAGAGCAGUUGCUGAGAUGGGACCUGAAGAAGAAGCCGGUGGUGGUCCUAGACCGCGUCGACGGCCCGCCGCUCAGGAAGCGGAGCAAGGGGGCGAGCGGGGAGCGUCCGGAAGAGGACCGGCUCUUGAGGCACCAGCGGUGCGCCGAGUGCCGCCAGCUCCUGGGUGGGCCGCAGCUGCGCUGGUACCACGGCCACCCGCCCGGGGCCGCGGAGGAGUCCCUGGCCCUCAUCGACCCCCGGCUGUCGCUCUUCACCGGCGAGGAAGAGGACAUUGACGAGGAGGACGUCCGCCCGCAGAACAAGAUCACACACUUCAGUGUGUACGACAAGGAAGGCCACAUGUGUCCCUUGGACAGCUGCCUGGUAGAGGAAGGGGCACAGUUGUACUUCUCUGGUUACCUCAAAGCCAUAUACGAGGAGUCGACCCAGCCUGAAGGAGGUGUCCCAGCCAAAGAUUUGGGCCCCAUCAACCAGUGGUGGCUGUCCGGCUACGAUGGCGGGGAGAGGGCCAUCAUCGGCCUCUCAACGGACUUUGCAGAUUACAUCCUGAUGGAGCCCAGCCCGGACUAUGUGCCUUUCAUGAAUGCCAUUCACCAGAAAGCUUUUCUCAGCAAACUGGUCAUCGAGAUACUGGUUGAACAUCCCCAGACGUCAUUCCCAGAUCUGCUGGAAAAACUUGAGGAAUGCGUGGUCCCCGACGGGAUGGCCAGGCUGACGGAGGACGUGCUGAUGCGGCACGCAGAGUUCGUGUGCAGCCAGGUGGUGGGGUUUGAUGCGGCGGAGGCGGAGGACGACGACCCCCUCAUCGCUGCUCCCUGCAUGCGCACGCUCGUCAAGCUGUCCGGCUUCUCCUUCAGCAAGAGAAGAAGUCAAGAAAUUAAUACAGCUGAUGAAAUGAUAAGAAAAUAUAGGUCCAAACAAAGACCUAAAGCACCAACUAAAACCAUUGUUACACCGCUUGUCCAGAAUGUUUUCGAGGAAUUCUUCAACGAUCAGUUAGACAAAAAAGAAAAUGGUGUCAAGAACAGAAGCGCGGCCGGCUGUGGCACUUGCAAGGUGUGCCGGCAGCCGGACUGCGGGGUGUGCAUCUCGUGUCUGUACACGGCCAAGGCGAGCCCCAAGGGGAAACCGAAGAAAGUGUGCAUCAGGAAGAGGUGUCCUCAGAUGGCCAUCCAGGAUACAGAUCUCUCCUCUGACGACGAGGAAGAGGAGAGAAAGUGUAAGGCUGAGUCUGAAGACGGUGAAGAUGCUGAUGAGAAGUAUGUCCCGUCCCCAGAAAGGAAGCGAAGAUGGAUGGUGAAGGAGGUCAAGUCACAGAGGGAGAUAGAAUGGAUCGGGGAGCCCCGGGGCUGCAAAGGUAGAAGAACAUACUACAGUGGUGCAAAGAUUGGCGAUCUCUUAGUGAGCGUAGGGGAUUGUGUGAUGGUGGAGCCAAAGAAUAUGAAUGAACCAUUGCUCCUGGGCCAGGUAGUCUUCAUGUAUGAGCUUCCAGCUGGCGACAAGAAGUUUCACUGCUGCUGGUUCAUCCGGGGUGCAGAUACGAUUUUGGCAGAAACAGCAGAUCCCACCGAACUGUUCGCAUCAGACGAAUGUGAGGACGGCAGUCUUACGUUUAUUCUGAGAAAAGCAGACGUCAAGUUUGUGCAGAGACCAGCGAAUUGGAGCGAGCUGGGUGGUCAGGAUGUGAAGCAAGAGCCUGCACAGAUCGGAGAGUCAUUCUUUUGCCAGAAAAGAUACGACCCAGUGCACUGUCGGUUCUCUGACCUCCAUUCCAGCAUUCAGGUGCACAGCAACAGGGAUCUUCUGAGCUAUUGUCCAGCAUGUGAAUUUGUUACUCAAGAGUAUGGCAAAGAAUUGGUUGUGAUUGGAAGCAAAUUAGACACAGACUUCAAACAUGUGGUGUUUGAUCUGGUGAAGUGGAACAAGAUGUUGCUGCACCCAGGCUCUGCCGUUUUCCUGUUGCCUUCUGCGUUUGGCUUCAAGAAAAGGAAAUCGUCCAAGAACUAUGUUGAUUACAAGGACGAAGACGUGGAUGAGGAAAUGUUCCCGGAACUCUACCGGCACGGCAAGUCGGGGUACUUGACGGGCACAAACGCAGACACGCCAGAACCCUUUUGCAUCGGCUAUGUGAACAGGAUCUUCUCCUAUUCUGACGGUGAAUGUGCCUCGGAGAGAAACACGUUUGUGAGUCUGAACCAGCUCUACAGGCCGGAGAACACAAACAUGAGCGCUGGCCUGUGCCAGAAGGCAGACAUCAACAUUGUCUACUGGAGCGACAAAGAGGUGGUGCUGCCCUUGAAGAGCGUGGUCGGGAAGUGCUACCUCGCCUACAAGGGAAACAUAAGCGUCCCUCUGCACAAGUGGUCCGCCCAGGGCCCCAACAGGUUCUACUUCAGCAAGGCCUACAACAGCACCACCAAGUGCUUCGAAGAGCCUCCCAUCUCGGCCAUGAGCAUCGGGAUCCCUCCUGGGUUUCAAGAUUUAAAAAAUAAUUCGUCAUUCAAAGGAGAAUGGAGCAUAGAUGACGAGGCAGAAGGCAGCUGGCCGGUAGUCAACAGAAAACUGAAAGCUCUUGAUGUGUUUGCUGGAUGUGGAGGGCUGUCGGAGGGCUUGCACCAGAGCGGCAUCGCGGAGACCCUGUGGGCCAUAGAGAGGGAAGAAGAGGCUGCGAAAGCCUUCAGCCUGAACAAUCGAAAGUGCACCGUUUUCACGGAAGACUGUAACUAUCUCCUCAAACUGGUCAUGGCUGGCAAGAAGACAAACGAACACGGCCAGAAACUGCCGCAGAAAGGUGACGUGGAGCUGUUGUGCGGGGGGCCUCCGUGCCAAGGCUUCAGUGGCAUGAACCGUUACAGUUCAGAGCAAAGUUUCCUUCUCAAGAACUCCUUGAUAGCGUCGUUUCUGUCGUACUGCGACUUCUACCGCCCGAGAUUCCUGGUGCUGGAGAAUGUUCGGAACUUCGUGGCUUUCCAGCGCAACAUGGUCCUGAAGCUGACGCUCAGAUGCCUGGUGAAGAUGGGGUAUCAGUGCACGUUCGGCGUGCUUCAGGCUGGCAACUACGGGGUGCCGCAGACCAGACACAGAGUGAUAAUACUUGCAGCGGCUCCAGGAGAGGUUCUUCCGAAGUAUCCAGAAGCAACUCACGUGUUCAGUCCGAGGGCGUGUAAGCUGACAGUCGUGGUUGAUGAUAAGAAGUACGAGUCGAACUGCAAAUGGCUGACGAGUGCACCCUUCAGAACCAUCACGGUUCAAGAUGCCAUCUCAGAUCUGCCUCCCAUCAGGAAUGGUGACCAGGUUCUGGAGAUGAAGUAUGGUGGGGAACCUGAGUCUCAUUUCCAGAUGAAGAUGAGAACGGGCUGCAAUGGAGUGUUGCGCGACCACAUAUGCAAGGAGAUGACUCCACUUAUUGCAGCUCGCAUGGCCCAUAUUCCCAUCACUCGAGGCUCGGACUGGCGCGACCUCCCGAACAUCGUAGUACGUCUUAGUGAUGGCACCUACACCAACAAGUUAGUGUACACGUACGACGACAAGAAGAACGGACGAGCGGCGAGUGGGGCCCUGCGCGGGGUCUGCGCGUGCGCGACGGGCCCCGGGAAGCGCUGCAGCGCCGUGGACAAGCAGAACUACACGCUGAUCCCGUGGUGCCUGCCCCACACGGGCAACCGCCACAACCACUGGUCCAACCUGUACGGCCGCCUGCAGUGGGACGGCUUCUUCAGCACCACCAUCACCAACCCCGACCCGCUGGGCAAGCAGGGGCGUGUGCUGCACCCCGACCAGCACCGCGUGGUGAGCGUGCGGGAAUGCGCCCGCUCCCAGGGCUUCCCCGACUACUACCGCUUCCACGGCAACAUGCUGCACAAGCAUCGGCAGAUUGGCAAUGCUGUUCCUCCGCCAAUGGGGGCGGCCUUAGGUUACGAGAUCAGGAAAGCAGUUAGUGCAGUCGAAAACAGAAAAUUUGUUUGACAAGAUAUAUUUCUCAUAUUUUAUUUAGUGCUGGCCCGGUUACAGUGGUUCUGUUGAGUUGCAAAUUUUAUCUGUUGAUUUUGCUCUUUGUUAAGGCAAAUAUGAUUUAUCAACUACGUGUUUUACAAUACUUAGUCACGAAUUUUUAAAUGUUGAUUCAGAAGUUUUUUGUUUUUAUACAUUGUUUAGCUGUUUUUUUGUAUUUAGUUUUUUUUUUUUUAUCUGUGAAGACUGAUUUUAGAAAUGACAUUCUCAAACUAUGAGUUAUUAUUUUAGAAAUGACAUUCUCAAGCUAUGAGUUAUUCAUCACAAAAGAGAAAAUACAGUCUUGCUAGAAUGUGAAGAAAAAUACGUGUAGCAUUAUAGGUUAAAAGUAUAAUUGCUUUUUUUAAAAAUAAUACUCUUAUCUUAUCUUAAAUGCUGCCCGUCAGUUCUACUGAUUUCGUUCAUCACUUCUCGGAUGCAAGUUAUAGUGGUGUGGCAGUCUCGAUUUGUUUCACAAGGUUUUUUAUUUCUCUUUGUGUGUGCCCUAUUUGUGGGUUGGUGUCGUACAGUUGUCUGUCAGUUGGUAUUUCUUUCUCCCUCUCAUCUUGUAUUCCAGUGAGUUAACUUGCAGAGGGUGUGGGCACUCAUAAGGAAGUUAGUGCAGCUCAGUGAACGGCAGCUCAAGGAAGUGUAGAGCAAGUACCCUUCACUCAUCUCUUUCCUCGGGGUGGGGGUAAGGAAGGGCUGUUAUGAAGACGGAAGCAGAAGCUAACGCAGUCAAGCAGCAAGUGGCGGUUUCUGCAUUUCUCCAGCAUCACAUUCUGUUGGUAAAAUUAUGGCACCAACAUUUUUUAUUCACACCCACUCGAUUCUUGAAAUCUGCUUGAAGAGGGAAGACCAUUCCUCAUACCAGAAACUCCUUGCUGCAGCAUGUACAGAUCAGAUGGUUUCACAUAGGGAUUCGGAUUCCAAAUAAAAAAAGCACACAGUGUCUACACUCACACCUCUUGCCAUAUCAUAGUUACCUGAUGUGUUGAGGUAUAUCUCGGUAGUCAAUUGCAACUUAAAAACAAAAGUAAAAAAAAAUUAUAUUGUAUUUUUCAUAUAUUUUUUAUAGAUAUAAUUAUGAUAAUGUUGACACGGUUUACCUCACAGUUAAAUUACCUAAAUUACAGUAAUUUAUUAAUGCUGUACAAAAGAUAUGUUACUGGCUGCCAGUGAGAACCUUGCAUUUGAUCCCAGCCCAACUGGCUGCAGAUGCACAUGGUGGCUUGCUGGAGAAAAAUAUUGUUCUUGAACUCGCUAUCAUUGUGAUGAUAUGAUUGAUAUCUUGGAGCUGUGAAUUACCUACUGUUUUCAACAUGUUGUGUUCAAUCCUAGGUGUGCCAUAUUAUUUUUUAAAACCUUCAAAAGUGAUAAAACGUUUUUUCCAGGCUUGUUUUUUUAGUAUUAACAUAACACAAAUUGAUGAUAAUUCAUUGACAAAAUUUAACAGCCUGUCCAUAGAAUAUACAGAUAAGGCUUGUUAACUUAAGUUAAAUUUUACUGGGAAAAGUUUGUUGUAUAUCAAACACAUCAGUUUUAUGUGUUCUGUAUUUACAAGAAUUUUUUUUUUUACUGGAUAAUAUGUUUGUCGACUGGAAAAGUUGGACCAAGCCAUUUUCGAAUGUAGCAGAAGCUAACAUUUUGAAGAUAUUUUUUCUUGCAUGACAAAAUUCUGUGGUUUUUAUUGGUUUUAUUUACUUACUGAAAAGUAAUAAUUUUAAUAUUAUAGCUUUUUUUUAUGACAGGAUUGCUACAAGUAUAGGGAAUGUUAAAACCAAUUUAAAGUUACGGUAUUGAAAUGAAAAUAGUUAAGAAAAAAAUACAAAAUAGUUCAGAAAAAAUUGAUAGUGAUAUAAAAGUGGAAUAAAAUGUACCGCUUUCACAAACGACUAGACACCUUAAAUGGUCACGUGAAAUAUCAAAAAAUAUAUUUGGAUUUAUCCUUUUUGCUAAAUCGUAGGCUCUUUGGUGUAAACCAUGAGUUUGACAACCAAUUUUAUUCCCGCAAUCGAUGCAUACUUUCCGCAAGGAAAUCCGGCCAUUAGAGUAAGUCAAGGCAAUGACAUCAUCAAAGUAUAACGAAAAUAGGAAACAAAAACUGUAGAUAAUGCCAUCAAGUGACUCUUCAUUACUUUUAUUGUGCUUUCUUAUUUUUCAUAAUGUUCCCACAAUCUGCUUUCAUUGCUCAAUUUUUAAUUCUUCCUGCUCCUCAAUUUCACAGACUGUUUCUCGUUCUUUGAAUGGUUCUCUUGUCUUAUGGUAAAUAAAAGACAAUAUUGAAAAUUAUAUUUUUGUAGGUUGAAACCUGAGUAAAAUCUCAAUGUAGCAGGCAUACACAAUCUCUGAUCAUAGCUAAAAACAAGUUAUUAAUUUUUGCAGGGAUGUGAAAGUGAUGUUUGUUUCUAGUGUUUUCUUAUGAGAUAAAACGUUUUGUAAUGUAAGUAUUAAUACAUUUUGGUAGUCAAGCUUUUUUUGUGAUUAAAAUUACACUUUGAACAGCACAUACAACCUCCUUUUCCCCCCAGAAAAAGCGUCGACAUCAAAGUAUAUCGGCAUGUCCAUUCUCAGCUGGAAGUUCUGGAAAACUAGUCCAUUUAGGUUUGGAGUUUUGGAAUUCCAAGCUUGAAGCAACCCUGUAGGAAAAUGUGUAUGAAGUAAAGGUAGCACGCAGGGCUAUCUGAUCUUCUUAAUACUACUAAAACUUGGGUUAAAACAAUUAGGCAGUAGUGAGUUAUCAGGUGUUAAUUUGUAUUUUUAACAUUCAUGGCAAGAUUCAUUGAAAACAAAAAGAAAUUGUUUUAGAAUCUCUGGUUUCAAGCAACUACUGUUGUGUUUGUAAUGUAGACCUGAAUUUUAUUCAUGUGAUCGUACAUAGUUUAUGUAGAUGUUAAACAUUGUAUUUUUACUCUAUGAAGUUUUGUAAGUGUAAGAAAGGAUUUUUUGUGUUUUUGUUUCAAUCCAUUUUCUAGUUCAAAUGUAUUUUUUGCAGCCAGUUUUUUUUUUUUUUUUUUUUUGCUGUUGAAAUAAAAAUUUUAUAGCAUUUAUGUUAAUGUACAGUAGAAUCCCAAUAUAAUGUGGUCGUUGAUAAAACCUCCAUUAUAACAUGUAUUUUUUUUUUUUUUACAGAAUAGGCAUGAUACCAGUGUAUAUCAGUUGUGUAGUUUGAAUGGAAUUUGAAUAUAAAUAUCAAAGUAGUUUUGAUUACUAAUGUCAGUUGAAUAAUAAUAAGGUGGUGGGGGGAGGUUUUAAAAACAUUUUUAUAAUGCCUAAAAAAAAAAUUUUUAAUGCUAAUUUGUACAUGGUUCUGUGCAUUGGCAAUAGACAUGGGCAGUAGACAAUCUGUAGGAUUCUGGCGGGGGGAGUUAUGUUUAAUUAUUCUCAAGAACAAGCAGCCCCCCUCAGAGAGGGGCAGUUGGUUCUAGGGUGGUCCUGCCCCCCCCCCCCUCCCCCCAGGGUUCUUGCCCAAGGCAAUAUAAAGUUCACGUUUGCAGUUAUAAAAACUUGAAAACAAUUACAUAAAAACUAUUAUUUCAAAUUUUUAGAAAUAAAUUUGCAUUAUUUGCAAUCUUCUUAUUGUUUGCUAGUUUCGUGCCAUCUGAACUUAAGCCGUUCUGUUGUUGACUGUGCAUGUGUUGAAAUAAAAUAUGGCUAGUUAUAGCAGGAUGAUGAUAUUCAUUAUGCACACACAUUUAUAUUGUUUAGCCAUGAAUCAACCCCAGUGUUUAUAGUUAAUUCAAGUAACAUGCAAAUAACUUUGAAUUAAGUUUAAUAAUAUUUAUUUUGAAGUGCAUGUACAUAUUUGAAAUCAAGCUAAAUUAUUCAUUUUGCUGUCUAGAAUUUUGAAUAUUCGCACAUGCCAGAUAACCAUAGAGUUUUGUAGUUAUUUAAGUGUACACUGCUUUUUAAUAAUAAUUGAUUGUCUUAAUUAGGCCUAAGGGUUCUGAUAUAUGCAUUUGAAUUACAGCCUCAUUUAGUGGUCAGAGAAAAUGUACUGAGGAUAUUUUGAUACUUAAUGUGACACUUAGUAUGAAGAAAAGAUUUAGUAAAUUGUACGGAACUCACUCACAGUCAUUUCAAGGAAAAUACAAAAUUGGACUAAAGUGAGAUUUUUUUUUAACAAUAACAGAUUAAAGUAGCUUGGCUUCUGGGUUGUAGCAGUGUCAUUGGCAAAUAAUUCACCAACAUUUCGGUGAAAUUAGUAUUAAGAAAUACUAUCUGAGUAUAUUAUUUGUUAGAAAACACACUAUGAAUAAAAUAAAUUUAUAAAAGUAAUAACACUGAAAUCACGUGUUUUAAAAACAAAAUUGCCUUAAAAAUAAUAUAUACCUACAAUCUUGUUCCUACUGAUCAUUAAUCAUAUGACAUAUUUUUUUGUAACAUUUUCAAUUUAUCUUCUAUUACACUUUAAUCUCCUCUAUAUGAGAUAGUAUAAUAUUAUGAUUGGGAUUCUACUGUUGGUUAAAGUUAAAGUAGUUUCUUUGUACUUAGAGAAAAUGUUAAAUAGUUAUGUUUAAUUAUAUUUUAGCACUGUAGUUACAAGUUCUAACAAGAUAGUCGAUAAUAUAUGAUUUAUUAAGUUUUUUUGUAAUUAACCUUAAGUUUUUGACAUGUUAUAGGUAUAGGAAAAAGAAAAUUUUUCUUUUCUUUCAUAACAUUGGUUUUAUUGUUUUCUGUUUAGUUUUGAUUAUGUGAUUUGAAAGUUGUAAUGGUUAAAAAAAAAAAAAAAAAUAAAAUAGAAUGAAAUUUUGUUUGAAAUUCCAUUUCAUAAAUCUUUUUGUUAUUACAUGAAAUAAUGCUUAAUGCUUGCAUAGCAUGUGCAUUGUACCCACAAUAAAAUUGAAAACAAAUAUAAUAUUUCUGUAUUUUAUUGCUGUGUUAGUUUUCUAAUCUAUACAUUAAGAUUGUUUGAAAUGUUAAUUGUUCUUUCUUGGUAUUGCUUGUGAAUUGGUAUUAGUAUAAGACAUGAUUUAUGUUUUUUUUUGUUACAGGAGAAUUAUAACAAGUAAUUUUUUAAUAUCUUCCAAAAUUAAUUUUUUAAAAAAUAAAACAAUGUAUUUUUCCUGUUUUACAUAUCAGAGAAUGACACACAUUAGAUUUACCAUAUUAUUAUAAAAGUAUGUGUGUACUUGACAGUUUGUUUACCUGAAUAACAACUUUCCUUGAAUGAAACUUUUGUUUUAACUGUAUGUAACAGCAUACAAAGUAUAAACAUGUCCUAUUGAAGUUGUUUGGAGUGUCAUUUAGAGAGGCCUUUCUUUUCAUUUUAAAUGUGUUUUACAUGGUCAUUUUACACUAAAGAAUUAUUUGAACAAUAUUUAUAAAUAUGUAUUGAUAUUUGGAAGAUGCUUUAUAAUUAACAAACUCAUUUAUUUUAGGUUUAAUUAUGUACUUCUCAAUUUUAUUGGAACGAAUUACUGAUACAAAAAUUAUUCCAAUUUCACUAAAAUUGUGUCUCAACAUAAUUUGGAAUUUCAUAAUCUCUAUCCUCCAUUUCAUGUAACAAAACUUAUUUUGAUAACAAAUGUUUAAAGGUAUGGAAAAUACUACCAGAAAUCUUUUUUUAAGUUCAUGACAGUUUGUGCCAUAGUAAGUUCCUACUUUUUUGUAAUCCAGUUCUGUUCCAUAAAACCAUAAACUGAAAUGGGUUCUUCAAUUUCAUAUUUAAUUUUAAUGCAUUUUAUGUAAGUUUGUCUUAACAGUUUCUGCUAUCCUAGCAUAAGUUUACUUUCAAGUUCAAGAUUUGUGUAUUUUGGUGCAUAAGUGUUUAGAAUGAGAGUCAAGUAUUGUGACAUAUGUCUGUGAUGGUAGCAUGAAUCAUAUUGUUGCAGUUCGGGUUUUCGGAGGGUCUUAAUGGUGGUGAUAGAUAAUGGGCGCCACCACGUGGAAGGGCACGUGGACCCGGCUGAAACCUCGUCUCAGGGCGUGAAGUCGCCCGUGUGAGGCAAGAUUCGACCCUCAGUUACCACACGUGAUUCGCUCAGACCUGGCCCGCUCUCAGCGUCGGGCACGCUUAUACUAUAUGAAUGAAUCGAGGGCUCUCAAGGCGUCCCACGCGCCUGCUCACAGUGGAUAGGUCGCCACGUGAUCGGUAAAAAUAAAAGAAGUAAGGUAGUUUAAUACUUAAGGUAUUUAAUGUAUACACGCGCUCCCAUACAUAGCUUCGGGAUGAUACCGUUCAAAGGCCUAAGGCAACUCAAUCGGUUUAGGGGAGUAAGACCCACGCAUGUGGCCGCACAAGCAAUUACUAGAGACCUGCAAAAUUUGCGGUUUCGAUGGCCUUCAGGAUAGACUGCACAUACCCCUGUACACUCGGGCAAAUAACGCAAGUUCAUUGGCUGCCGACUUGUAAGUCAUCUCAGCUGGUUUGUCUGUGAUUCGAUCCUUCUUUGGUUGAGGGUUUAAAACUGGUUGAGAUUCGUCCAGAUGAACAGUAAGCCUAUAGCAAAAUUAUUUAAGAGGUAUAUGUGUUUGAAUUCUAGCCUAUCACCAAAUGAAUCCACAAAUUUUUCAGGUCUCUAGCAAUUAUGUAUUAAGCUUUUAAAAAGAAUCUCGUUAAGUGUUAAGAAUGAUUUAAUAAACAGUCCCUCGCCCGAGGCAAGCCCCAGAGAUAGCGCCAAAGUGAUUGAGAAUAGAUUAAAGAUAAAACAGAGAACUACGGAUCAGAGUACAAAGGGUGAAGUCCCUGGGGUGCGGAAGGCUGCGUCUUUCAUCGGUCGUUGGCGGCGGAGAACUGACCGAGCGCUGGGCUCUCUCGGAACAACAUGGCAUUUUCCCACCUGGCCAGAUUACCAUUACUCUCUUAUGAUUAAGUGCCUUGAAAUCUUAACGUAGGACAAAUACAAAACCCCUUCUAUCAUUAUGGCACGCUCACCCACGGCUCUGCUAUUAUGUACUAUACAAACCGUUAUUAAUUUAUUAGAUUUAAAUAAAUGCCGUCUUAGGCUCACGUUCGGGUCUGAUCUGGUUUGCCGGGUAACGUCUUUAUAUUACAUAUUAAACAAAAACAAAACCCUCCCGCCCGUCAGUGGCGACACAAAUUAACGGGGGGAAAAAAUAAAAAAAAACAAUGUAUUUAUUAUGAAUAUAGGGGGACGUCACACUGCUGCUACAGCGCCCUAUUUACACACACACACGACUAUGUACUUUUGUGACGGUGCGACUAGACUGAGGGAAGUGGGACGAUGGCGAGGGGAAAGGUGGCGGAGGCUGACCAGGCUUCUGGGUCGCAGGCCCGGUUGACGUCAAUAUGAAAGCAAUUUAUAAAUCUGUGAUUUUGAUUGACCGUCACAGACAUCUGAUGAGAGUAAAACUAAAUUGAAAGUGAAUAGACUACCUAUUAUUUUCAGUGUGAUUAUUUUUAUGUUACUAAACCGGUGUAUAAUUUUGCUACGUGUAGUUUACAUUAUCAUAAAAGUGUCUCUUCUCUCUUAAUGUACUAUCAUUAUAUUUUUAAAAAUGUAUCAUGUUACACUAAGAAUUUUUAUUCUAUGGCAUUGUGUAUACUGUUGUAGUACAAAAAAAAAUUUGAUAAAAGUUUUUGUAACCAAGCAAAUUUUUUAUAUAAGUAGUUUUAACUUGCAAUGUUUGUAAUAAAAAAAAAUUUCGUUACAAUA